UAUAUUAUGUCUAUGGACAAAACGCGCUCCAUCUCUGAUAUUCCUGUAUCUAUGGGUAUAUUUUAACCUUUCGCAGGAUCCGUCUCAUCCGUCUGUCAGAAGAAUGGAACUCCGAAACACUGCCUGAAUUAGUUAAUGCGACUAGGGAGAAUUGAACUAAUUGGCGAUUCAGUAAAUACAUAACGCCGGGUAGCGAGGAAUCAUUAGGCGCUGCCAGAAAAAUGCCGGCGAUACUAGUCGGACCGCCGCAGCGCAAUGAGCAAAUGUGGCAGGCGCUCAAGACUCAUAUUAUGCGAGAACGACAACGAAAGAAACAAGAACAAGAGGCUGACGCCGAGGAGGAGCGUUUACGCAAGGAGAGAGAGCGCCAGCAGAAGCAGGACGUGAUGACACUGGGCGAGACGCGUGAACAAAUCUCAAAUCUGGACAACGAACUGUCACAGUUGAAGGCGGAGAAGCAUCAGUUGUUCCUGCAACUGAAGAAGGUUCUGAACGAGGAUGACAGGAGGAGGCAGCUCAUAAAAGAAACCAGUGUUUGCUCGGAAGUUUCGACGACAGUGGGAGGAUAUCCCGUGACAGGCCCAAGAGUGGCACACUCGCAAUUGUUUCUACCGUUGCCACGCAGCAGCAGUCCUAUCUACAAGGUCGCCGUCGGUACGCCAACACACCUGUUGUCAAGUGGAACUAUAAAAAGAACUCGCACUCCGUCGCCGCCGCCUACUGCGUCUUCCUAUCACAGCGCGUACAGUUACAAACCGCCGCUGUCUAUCGCAAGUUACAAUCCACCACCUCCUAAAGCUGAGGAGGCUGCCAGAAGAUCCGGCGACGCCCGGGCAGUUCUUUGGAACAAGAAUAAUCAGUACUCCGCAUCGAACUUUUAUUCGGCGCCCGCAAGCCAGAGCGUUUACAGUUAUUCCGCACCCGUGUCGCAACCAUCUCGAGAGCCCUCGGAAUCGGCCAAACCCGUUUACCUCUCGGGCAGUAGAGCGCCAUUACCCACACAUCAGACAGCAUACGUAACCAACUUACACUCGAUGGAGCACAAGAGCGCCUACGACGAGAAGUACUACAUGCGACCGGCAAAUCACGUUACUGUCCACGGUGGAGCUAUUCCGAUUCAACAACCACCUCAGGGUGCAAAGACAGGCGGGAUUACUUCAGGUUACCCUGUACGAGCACCUCAACCGCCCCCACCUAGCUCAUAUCCGCCGCCACCGUCUCCGUCCCCUGGUACCUACGUGAGCGGUUCAGCUGCCAAUGUACCUGGUAGGCUAUUGUACCCGCAACCUGGAGCUCGUUUCCUUCAACGAGAACUAUAGAGUCGUAUUUCUCUUAAUGAAGAUUUUGAUCUUAAACUCUUUUAUGCGGGAUAUGAAGCAUUAAAAUGCAAUACGCGUUCAGUAAAGUAUUGACGGCUAAUGAUUAACCUACAUUUGUUUAUACUUUCUUUGUAAAAUAUAAAGUCGUGGAAGCACAUUGCAUGCUUGAGACAUGUGAAAAAUUAAUUAUUUGAAACCAAAUAGGAAUAACAUAUUUUCGUGUUUUACUAAAACUUUUUUUGUUAUUUUCAAUAAAUAUAUAUAUUAAAUAUUUGCACGUGCAUAAUACCGUU